CAUUACUCAUUUUUACAGGGGAAAAUGCGCUGUGGAAGAAGAAUUGAAAAUAUUUAAUCUUGACUAAUUUGCUAGUGUUUUAUUUACUACAAAACAAAUAUCAUCAUAAUUAACUGUGCUAUCGAAAGUGUGAUGACGAUGAUGAUCAUUAUUUUUUCACAAUAUCAAAAAUAACAGAAGAGAAUAUUCAAUAUAUAAAAAUAUACGCGUAUACAAAAUAUAGCAUACAACAGAGUAAGACAAGAAUAACACAUAUUAAAUAACAUUACAUGUUGACGAGAGAUAGACGAAAAGAAGGACGAGAAGUGAUAGAAAAGUGAAAGGAACGAAGUCAAAAGGACAAGUAGCAAUACAAAUAAUGCUCAUGAUGUAAAAAUCGUUAAAAAAAUUAUCCCUCAUCCCCUCCAUUAAACGGUAUUAUUAAAUGACAUAACAGCAUCAGCAACAGCAACACGCGAGUGAAAUAAAAAAAAGUGGGACGAAAGAAGUAAAAGUCAUUCUUGACUGACCAGCGUGUAACGAUCCGCGAAAAAUAAGAGGAAGAGGAAAAAUCAACAAAAAUCUAUUGAAGGCACAGAAUAGACAAAAGAAGAUUAAAUUAAGAUUAUGAUAUUUUCCAUGGCCUAUAUAUUCAAUUAAGGAAAUAAAAAUAGAAGCAAGAAGGAGGAAAAUUGUGCACAGAAUAGUAAAAAGUAAGAAUUAUGAAUGAUUAAAAGCUUCCUUUUGUGAUCCAACAACAACAGCAGCAGUCGAUGAAAAUGAAUGGCAACAUAAAAAUCAUCGGUCGAAUGAGUGUGCAUUAGAUGAGAACAAUUGAGUGAGAGUGAGUGAGUGAGAUGAAGAUAGCAAAUGAGGACCACAAAUUGGAAUAAGAAGGAAGCAAAUUUAGAGCAUCGGAUGCUACUCGAAGGAUAGAAACGAAAAUAAAGUGAAGGAAGCAAGAAGAGGUGUCUUUCGACAUCGUCAAUUUUAUUUUAUCAAAUCCUGGAUCAUUGCAGUAGCAAAUAAAAAAAAAGGAGAGAACAAUAAACAUAAAAAAAGACAUAUUUGAGGCGUAGCUGAAACAAUUUCACUUUAUAUUGAUUGAAGUCAUAAAACUGAAAUGGCUUCAGUGGCAGCGUGGUUGCCGCUUGCGCGAGCCACAGCAAUUGGAUGGGUACCGAUUGCAACAAAUCCACUGCCAGCGGCACCCGUUGUCAAUAAUCGUCGACGUGCUGAGGAUGAGAAGCUUAUAAUAAAUAUAUCAGGUCAUCGAUUUGAGACGUGGCGAAAUACAUUAGAAAAAUAUCCAGACACACUACUCGGCUCUAAUGAGCGCGAAUUUUUCUUCGAUGAAGAUAGUAAAGAGUAUUUUUUUGAUCGGGACCCAGACAUUUUUAGACACAUCCUUAAUUAUUAUAGAACAGGGAAGCUUCAUUAUCCACGACAUGAAUGUUUAACGAGCUAUGAUGAAGAGUUGACAUUCUUUGGUGUAAUGCCAGAUGUAAUCGGUGAUUGUUGUUAUGAAGAUUAUAGAGAUCGUAAGCGCGAGAAUGCAGAAAGAUUAUUAGAUGAUAAAUUAUCCGAGAAUUCAGACACAAACCUUCCACCAUUAACGAAUAUUAGACAGAGAAUGUGGCGUGCAUUUGAAAAUCCCCACACAUCUACGGCCGCUUUGGUUUUUUAUUAUGUCACUGGAUUCUUUAUUGCCGUCUCCGUUAUGGCAAAUGUAGUUGAAACUGUUCCAUGCGGAUCGAGACCGGGUCGAGCGGGAACAUUAUCAUGUGGAGAACGUUACAAAAUUGUAUUUUUCUGUUUAGAUACAGCCUGUGUGAUGAUUUUUACUGCUGAAUAUUUACUUCGACUAUUUGCCGCACCAUCGCGAUGGAAAUUUAUGCGAAGCGUUAUGUCGGUUAUUGAUGUUGUGGCAAUCAUGCCAUACUAUAUUGGUUUAUUUAUGCAAGAUAACGACGACGUAUCUGGCGCUUUUGUUACACUUCGAGUAUUCCGUGUUUUCCGUAUUUUUAAAUUCUCAAGACAUUCACAAGGAUUACGUAUUCUUGGCUACACACUCAAAUCGUGUGCUUCCGAACUUGGCUUUCUCGUAUUCUCACUUGCCAUGGCCAUCAUCAUUUUCGCAACUGUGAUGUUCUAUGCUGAAAAGAAUGUUGAUGGUACAAAUUUCACAUCAAUUCCAGCCGCCUUCUGGUACACAAUAGUAACGAUGACAACAUUAGGUUAUGGUGAUAUGGUUCCAGAGACGAUUGCGGGAAAAGUCGUUGGAGGCGUUUGCUCACUUAGUGGUGUGUUGGUCAUUGCACUUCCCGUUCCAGUUAUUGUGUCAAACUUUAGUCGAAUUUAUCAUCAGAAUCAACGUGCUGAUAAAAGAAAAGCGCAAAGGAAAGCACGCCUGGCACGAAUCAAAAUGGCAAAAGCAUCUUCCGGGGCAGCAUUUAUCAAUAAGAAGCGUGCUGCUGAGGCACGUCUUGCUGCUCAAGAGAGCGGAAUCGAUAUGGAUGACAGUUAUAAUGAUGAAGAUAUUUUCGAGUUACAACAUCAUCAUCUGUUGCGAUGCUUAGAGAAGACAACCGAUCGAGAAUUUCUCGAUUUAGACCAUGGGUUCAAUGGUUUGGUAACGCAACCAAAACAACCUGCUACACCAUCACCCAUGGCUAGUCCUUCACAUUCAACAAAUACUAGUGCCGGAUUAUUACAAUCGUGUUGCGGUCGAUGCUGUUCACAACGAUAUCAGAAUUACACUUCAGCGAAUCAAUGAUCUAUAGAUGCUAUUCCGCUAAGGCAAAGAAAAAAAUCAUAAACAUAAAAAAAUUAAUUUUAAUUGUAGACAUGACCAAAGAAUCGAUACAAAAGUAAUGAGAAUCUUAAAAAAAAAUUAGUAAUAAUUGCUUAAAAUAAAGUGAAUCCUAAUAUUAGUAAAUUAUAUAGGAACAAAAACCACCAAAUUAAAU